AUGAGAAGACUGCUGACAAACUCGGACAUUCAAUCCAACAUGUUAAUCGAUCAGUGUCGAACGCUUAACUUUUAUCGAAACACUUCCUCGACAUCAUCAUCCUCCAAUUUAUCGAAUAAAACGGAUGCCGAAUGGGUCACCACUAGUAUCUCGUUACUCAUCUUCUCACUUGCAUUUGUUGGUAAUACGGCAGCACUUAUAGUUAUGUUUGGUAAACAAGGGCCUAUUCGAUUAACAAAUAAUAGAUAUCUGGCUAAUUUAGCGUGCGCAGACCUAUUACGCGCAUGUUUUAUGCCAUUUACGAUUAUUGCUCGAAUGAAACGAAACUUCAUGUUUGGAGGACUGAUUUGUAAAAUUCUGCCCACCGUUCAAGGUCUAUGUGUUGCAGUGGGUAUCUUCACACUUGUUUGUAUCAGUAUCGAACGUUAUUUGGCGAUCUGUCAUCCUUUGCUCACCUUGAAUCUUCGAUCGGUUCGCUAUGCGAAAGUGCUCAAUGCUUUGAUUCUCAUUUCCAUAUGGAUAUCGGGACUUCUCAUAGCUUUACCAAAUAUCUUCCUCUACAAUCUAUGUUCACUGCCCAAAACGGACCGGUAUAAAUGCGAACGAAUCUCACCGGAUAUGUUCAAUCAAAAGUUGUAUAUGAUUGCUGUGGAUGCUUUUUAUUUCGUUAUUCCAAUUGUUGUUAUGAUCGUGUUGUAUACAUCAAUUAUUUGUAAAAUGUAUCAAAAUGAUACAGCCAAAAUGAUGCGACAAGUUUCCAAUGACACGCGCUCGUUCUCGUUUAGUUUCUUUAAGGAUUGCUGUUCAACUCGACCGAGAAGUCCGGGAACAACGCAAACUUUAACUAUCGAUAUAACUGUUCGUCCCGCUUCCCGCCAAGACAGCAGUCGUUCACGAUCGUGCAUCAGUGAUGAAGAUGCUCGACCGACCUUUCACUCGGAUAUUUGCCAAACCAAAUAUCCGUACGAUCGACUGCAAACAGUGAUUCACUCGCAUCCGAAGAAAAUCUGUCAACGUUUGAGCUCGGAUAACAGCAGUUCGAGAAGCUGUACACCGACCAGUUCAAGAAUGGACCGGCAACGUCGAAAAGCAUUGAAACUGCUAGUGACGUUGAUCGUCGAAUUUUUCGUUUGUUGGACUCCAUUAUUUAUCUAUCACACAAUCGGUACAUUCAACAGAAACUUCUAUCGUUCCACAUCAACUAUUUGGGUAGAUUUAGUUCUUUUACUCUCAUUUGCAUCGGCAUCGUGCAAUCCACUGACAUAUUAUUUCAUGUCGAAACGUUACCGCUCUGUAUUAUAUGCUUACUUUCCGUGCCGUCUUUUUCGACGUAAAAAGCAAAUGAAUUCAAGGCAAAAGCAUCAGCACGAGAAGCAAUUAAUUAAAGUAUUGCAAUCGUCAGAAAAGAAUCCUGUCGAAUCAAUGAGAAUAAACUUUCAUCGUCAUUCUCGUCAUAAAUUCAACGGAAGUCAAUAG